CCUCAACUUGCCCACGCAAGUGACGUAGAAUUUCCACUUCCUACACCGGCCUUGGCCGUGCGAGGCCAACUCCUCGUGCACAUUUGGACACAAUGAGCCAGACUAGUGUGGAGCCAUCGAUGCUGCCCACAACUCGCGGGAAGAAGAAAAAACCACCUGGCAAGGUCUACAGCUUGAGGGAGCUUUGCUCGCAACGAUUCGGUGACCAGCCGGAUCUGGUCAUGUCACCUUCGCGUCUUAUGGGUUCUACUUCGCAAGAGCUUAGUCCCGAUGCACGGCGCAUGUAUUCCAAAUUGGAUGCAGAUGGUGAUUUAGAAGGCUGGCUGCGGAAAUCCUUGGCAGCUCAGCAGGUUGCAGUGAAUGAGGCCCUCACGAAGCAUCAGAAUCAGAUGCUGCAGCAGCUGCUGGGCACGAUGGACGGCAAAGUCAGCCCCAGCUCUGUGACGGUGUCGAGCACGAAGGACCUCCAGCAUUUUGCGGAUCCACCUGCACCAAGGUCCUGGGAAUGCAAACCCAAGGUCCUACAUCCAGUCGAGCCGUAUCCUCCUCCGUUGCCGACCAUGCCUCCAUUGCCAAAUCAGCUAACUGACCAAGAGCGCUUGCCAUCACCUUUGCCAUCACCUGUGAAUGCGGCCCAGCGCAAGGAUGGUUUCCAGCACUUGAAGAAGAUGGAUAACGAAGAUUUGGAGAAAGAUAGGAAGACGCCAGGAGAGCUGGAGCUGCCAGACAUGACAUCAGUUCCUUUGGAGCGGAACAUCACCGUGGAGUCAGGAGCCUUUGGUGCUGGGCUAGCUUCACGGCGCGCUAGUGCCAGUGCGACAACGGGUGCUAGUAAGAGAGAAACGACGCUCGCAUUUCGCAAAGCUGAAGAUUUGCUGGACCAAUUGAAGAUGCCAUUUUGGCAUCCAGGACGUGUGGUGCGAACAACGCAGUUCGACGCAUUCAUUUGCGCUGUCAUCAUGCUGAAUACUUUAGUGAUGGCGUUUGAAUCACAGUACCUGGGACUUCAGCGAGGAUACGACCUUGGUUUCGAAGGCUUUACAUUACCAGCGAGUGAGGAAUGGCCAUAUGCUGACCUGGGCUUUUAUAUGGUUGACUAUGUUUUUGGGGUCAUUUACCUCAUCGAGAUUUGCAUCAAGAUCUGUGGUCUCAAAUGCAGUUUCUUCAAGGACCCCUGGAAUUAUUUUGAUAGCUCCUUGGUACUCUUCUGGAUUAUCGAGAAGGCCCUGAGCGCCUACGCAGUUUUGGACCAAGGUCUGUUAAGAGUGCUGCGAAUGGGAAGGGUGCUUCGGCUUUUGAGGCUUGUCAAGACAAUACAGGGCUUUGAUGCAUUGUACAUCAUGACAACGGCCAUGCAGGGCAGCGUCACGGUUCUUUUCUGGUCUUUUGUGCUGCUGAUGGUGGUGCAGACCUUGAUCGCUUUCACAUUGAACCAGGCUCUGGACAGCUACUUCAGGGACAAGACCAAACCUGUUCAUCAACAACAUCAAGUCUUCGAGUAUUUUGGCACGGCCGGCAGGGCAAUGUUUACCAUGUUCGAACUCACCCUCGCGAAUUGGCCGACAGCUGCUCGAAUUCUUCAAGAAAAUGUAACUGAGUACUAUGCCAUCUUUUCCGUAGCCUACAAGCUGAUCAUCGGCUUCGCUGCAGUUGGAAUUAUCAACGCCGUGUUUAUGCAAGAAACCUUCAAGGUCGCAGCAUCGGAUGACAAGCUCAUGAUGCGACAGAAGGAGAGGGACCGAAUGCUGCACACGAAGAAGAUGCGGACUCUCUUUGCAGCAGCGGAUGAAUCCGGGGAUGGAGUCCUCGAUCAGGAUGAGUUCAGGGAGAUCAUGACCAGCCCAGAUAUCAGGAUGUGGCUGGCUGCACAAGAGCUUCCAAUUCGAGACCCCGAUGUUCUCUGGAAGCUCUUGGAUGAUGGAGAUGCCGAACUAACGGCUGAUGAACUGGUUCAUGGCGUCGAACGGCUCAAGGGUACUGCCAAAGGCAUAGACCUUGCAGCCUUCAUCAUGGAACACCGUACAUUUCAGCAGAAAAUUUGCGAGAAACUUGGGAUUGAGGAGGAAAACGGUGAUGAUGACGAUGACUGAAUGUACAGCCUGUGCUGUCUAAAGGCACACAGUGACAACUUUGAUGAGCACUUGUGGCAUGACAUGCCGUGCUGCAGCGAUGAGAAAACCAUGCCCCGUCUUGCCCUGUCCUCGAUGCCCUCAC